AUUUAUUAUGGACCCUUCUAAAACAUAAAGAUUAAAGGUAUCAUAAUCAACAAAAGAGAGAGUGGAGGCUGCAAAAUAAUAUAUAGAAAAGAAAUACUAGAAGCUACUUUAUGAAUAGAAGGAAAAGAGAGAGAAGUGGGAACAAUUAAUUCAAAAAUUGACAAAUCUAAAUUAUACACCAAUAGAGCAAUAAGUAAUAAAAUAGGACUUGCUUCACAAAGAGGCUGAGAUAUUGAGAUUACAGAGAUAGAAAUAGAAUAUAAAAGACUUUGAAUCAAUAGAAAUAAUUGGAAGAGGUGCUUUUGGAGAAGUGAGAUUGUGUCGAAAUAAAUUAACAAAUGAUAUAGUUGCAGUAAAGAAAAUGAAAAAAUCUGAAAUGCUUUAUAAAAAUUAAGUAUUAAAAGUAAAUUUAGAAAGGUUUGUCAUGUAAGAGCAGAGAGAGAUUUAUUAGCAGCAUCAGAUAAUGCAUGGAUUGUUUAAUUAAAAUGUUCAUUUUAAGAUGAGAAGUAUUAAAUUAUAUAAUGAAAGAUAUCUAUAUUUAGUAAUGGAAUAUUUACCAGGAGGAGAUUUGAUGACAUUAUUAAUGAAGAAAGAUAUAUUCACUGAAAAAGAAUCUUAAUUUUAUAUGGCAGAAUCAAUAAUGUAAGAUGUAUUUAUGAAUAAGUAUAGGGCAGUUGAUUCAGUUCAUAAAUUAAAAUAUAUUCAUAGAGAUUUAAAACCAGAUAAUAUUCUAUUAUAAGCAGAUGGACAUAUAAAAUUGAGUGAUUUUGGAUUAUGUAAAUAUGUGGAAUCAAGUGGAACAAGAUUAGAUGAAAGAAUAAGUGUUCAUAAGCCAGAAGAUAAAGGAGGAAAUACAACAAGUUUUAAACGAAAUAGAAUUAAGGCUUACAGUACAGUAGGAACACCUGAUUAUAUAGCACCUGAAGUAUUUGGAAAGACAGGCUAUAAUGAGACUGCUGAUUGGUGGUCAUUGGGAGCAAUAUUAUUUGAAAUGUUAGUUGGAUAUCCACCAUUCUUUUCUGAUGAUCCUUCAUCAACUUGUUAGAAAAUAAUUAAUUGGAAGAAAACUCUUGUUAUUCCAUAAGAAGCUAAACUUUCUCCUGCUGCGACAGAUUUAAUUUUAAGACUUAUGACAGAUGCUUCUAAUAGAUUAGGAAUUAAUGGUGUCAAUGAAAUUAAAGCUCAUCCUUUUUUUGCUGGAAUUGAUUGGAAAAAUCUUAGAUCUAAAGUAUCUCCUUAUAUACCAGAAAUUAAAUCAGAAUUAGAUACUAGAAAUUUUGAUAAAUUUGAAGAAUAAGAACCUUGGGUACCUUAAGAGUAAUUAUUUAUUUUUAUUACAAAGCUCUGGUAAAUCAGCAAGAAAAGAUGUUAAUUUUAUAGGAUACACAUUUAAUAGAGAAGUCGAAGUUCAAAGAUCUUACCUUCUCUAAGCUUUAUUAGAUCUAGAUUCCUUAUAAACAUAAAAAACAGUAGACACUUUAUCUCAUUGCUUAGGUACCUACUGAGUCAACUUUGAGUAAAUCUUAAGACAAAAAAGAUACUUAUUUAAUUUCUAAUCUACCUAAUAGUAUUUCAUUAGAUCCAGAAUUGUAAAGUAAAUUAUUAAAAACUUAAAAAUUAUUAUAAAAUGCUAAAUCUAAGUAAUAUAUUUAUAAUUCUAUUUAGACCACUUAUUAGUUAAAAAGAAUUCACUUCUACAUAAAAAUAACAAUAAUAAUAAUUAAGUUUAAGUCCUACACAUUAAAAUUUCAAUCAAUAAAACUAUUUAAAAUAGUUAAUCAGUCCAUAAAAUAAAAAAAUUGCUAUUUCACCUUAAUCAAAACCUGUUAGUGAACAUUAAAACCCAACAUUAGCUUAACUUUAUAAAUAAUUUGAAGUUCAAAAAUAAGUAAGUAAUACAUAAAGAACUCAACCAAAAUCACAAAUUUAAAUGCCUAUAAAUAGUAAUUUAAAUAAAAAAUGA